AUUUGUCGCCCCUCAGCCAGGAGAGUCCUUGUGCCAUACAGGAACCCUCUGGAAGGAAGUCGGGUGUCUCCAUGGUCACUGCUGACAUUGGCCUCGUCAGCAUGAUCCGACAGGGGAUCUUAGCACUGCAGCUGUUGCCUUCCAACUCCAGUGCAGGUAUCAUCAUAAUCACAGAUGGUGUGACCAGUGUCCCGGACGUGGCUGUGUGUGAGACUCUGCUCAACCAGCUGCGGAGUAGCACUGUGGCCUGCUCCUUUGUGCAGGUGGGCGGAGUCUACUCAUAUGACUGCAGCUUUGGCCACGUCCCCAAUGUGGAACUGAUGAAAUUUAUUGCUAUGGCAACUUUUGGUGCAUACCUGUCUACCUGCCCUGAGCUGGAUCCCUUAAGCCUCGACCUCAAUGUAUAUCACAAGGCCUUCCUGCUGUAUUCCUUCCUGCGCACCGGGGAGUCCCUGAACCCAGAGUAUUACUGUGUAUCCCAGCACAGACUGUUCAAUGAGCAUCUGGUGUCUGCGAGCAGCAACCCGGCUCUGGCCAUGAGGAGGAAGAAGCACACAGAGAAGGAGGUGCAUGCAGACCUCGUGAGCAUAGUCUCUGUCCGGCUGCGUGAGGGCUACAGCAUCCGUGAGGUCAACAUCACCAAAGGCGGCUCCCAGCUGGAAGUGAAACUGGUCUUGCUGUGGAAGCACAACAUGCGGAUAGAAUACCUGGCUGUGGCGGCAUGGCCCCUGGACCCCUCCAAGCGCAGUACCUGGGUGGAGGUGACAAUGGAGGGCAGCUAUGACAUCCUGCAUGAUAUCAGCUGCACCAUGAGGAAGCCUAUCACCAGCCUGUACCGCACUACAGUGAUCCGUCGCUUCUGGAACACACUGCAGAGCAUCAACCAGACAGAUCAGAUGCUGGUUCACCUGCAGUCUUUUGACACCGUUCCAGAGCAUUUCACCAUCCCUGAGAGCACUAAGAAUGGAGUGCCGCUUUUCUACAUCCCACCGGGCUCCACCACCCCGGUGCUGUCCCUGCAGCACAGCGGCUCUGACUGCAGCCAUUCACAGUUUGCCUCCUACUGGAAGCCCAUCCUCUCCAUGGAUGCUAAUUUCUGGCAGAGGUGGCUGCAUAUGCAUCGGAUUGUCCUCAUGCUGGAGCAUGACACACCCGUCCCAAAGCACCUGCACACACCAGGCAACAAUGGCCGGUACAGCACCAUCCAGUGCCGCAUCUCCCACUCGGCACUCACCUCCCUGCUGCGGGACUGGAGCAGCUUUGUGCUAGUGGAAGGCUACUCCUACGUCAAACUGAUGCCCAGCUCUGAGGAUCCAGCUCCUUCCUCAUUCUAUGUGGUACGGAUCAUCUCCAAAGCUCCCUGCAUGGUUCUCCGGCUAGGGUUCCCCAUCGGGACUCCUGCCCAGGCCAGGAACCAGAUAGUGGAGGAGUUACAGGACCGGAUCCUGCAGCUGCGCUUCCCCCACAGGGUCCAGAGCAAAGAGGCGACUCCCAAAGUGAAGAGGAAAACUUUUGGCAGCAGCUCUCCCUCGAAGUCCCCGCCCGUGGCUGGGGCCCCGCCAGCCCUCUCAGACAGGCCCUGCCUUGUAGUGCUGCACAAGCCGCUGGAGAAGCUCCUGAUCAGGUAUGAGAAGCUGCCUUCCGACUACCGGGCUCCCUUCAUCCUCACCCUGGAGCACCCCCCUGUGUCCGGCCCCCUCACCAUGGUGGCCAACCGCACCGCCUCCUCCACCCUGGCUUCGCUCUCCCGCUACUUCUAUCACCAGCGCUGGAUCUGGUGCAUCCAGUCGGGGCUGGCCCCAGCCGUGCCCAUCGCAGCCGUAGCCCAUCUCCUGUCCACGCUCACCGAGGUCCGUUUGUCAGAGGGCUUCCAUUUUGCAUCCAGUGGAGACGGAAUUAUCAAUAUGGUGCUGGAGCUGCCCAUACGGAGUGACUCCUCCAGUGACGACAGCAGCGGCAGAGAGAAGCACACUUGCGUCGUCCAGUAUGUCCUCUUCCCGCCACAUUCCACCUCCACCAAGGACAGCUUCUCUACAGAUGAUGACAAUGACACAGAGGUGGAGGCCAUCGAAAUGGACACCGAGCUGAACCUGGUCACUGAGUGCUGGGUGGAACCACAGAGUGGCCACAUCCGCAGCACUGCUGAGAACUGGAGGUAUCUCCAAGGGCUGCCCUACCAGAAGAUCCCCAAAGCUCUGUACCCCAGGGAUCUGGCCUGCAUUAGCACCAUGCUAACUUUCGAGUACAUCAGCCAGCUGUGCCAGAACAAGGAGUGGGUGUCCCCGACUUUGGAAGCCAAGGCUGCUGAAGGCCCUGACAUGGGGGCUGGCUCCCAUGUGCAUGAGAUCCCAUUCCAGUUCAGCCUCCUGAAGCUGCUACCCAAAUGCCAGCAGAUUGAAAUGUUCUUCCUCAUGCUGACGGGAGAGGAGGAUGUGAUGGCCAAGGACUCUUCGUUUGCACCCAAUGAAAUGCUGCUAGACUUCUUCCACGGCUGCCUGCAGCACGACCUCAGUGACCGGGAGAUCCCUUUGGCGGACAUGGAUCACAUGGCCUUCAUGGAGCAGGUCCUACAGCGGGACCGCGAUGGCCACCUGCCCCCAUUCACGCUCCCAGUGAUCCGAGAAGAGCCCCUGAAGGCCCCUGCGCCCCUGGACCAGCAGGAUCCCUCUCUAGCUGCUCACCCUGUUGGCAGUAGCGCUACCAGGGACAUGAGUGGCUCCACGAGCACCCUGCAGAGCCUGUGCAGUGCAGAGCUGCCGGAGGCCAACGUGUCCCCGGCCGAUGCUGCUGGGCUUCUCCUGCAGUGGCGAUGCUACGCUAAGCUGGUCAGUCCACAGCACCUCUUCCUCACCUUCCUGCCAGCCACCUUCCCCGACGUACAGAAGCUGAUGGCUUGUGCGCUGGAGAAAGCCCUGAAGGAGGACGGCUCUGCAGGAGAGAGCCUGGACUCUGUCUGUGGGGAGCCGGGCAGAACGGGACUCGAGGAGGCGGUGGCUGCAGCAUUCCCACCUACCCUCAGUGUAACGCCGGCCAAUGAAGCAGGCCAGGACCCCGGAGAGCCGGGCGCUGCCCUGCGGAAGGACGUACACAUCUCCUUCAGCCGCCAGGCCUCGCAGCCCGAGCUGAGCGAGGGCCACCGGGUCCGCUGCCCUGUCUACGUCUAUAGCUGCUCCUUGGAGGUGCUGCGGGAGCAGAUGGUCAGCCCCCGGACAUACCGGCCUCCGCGGGACAUCUUUUUCAGGUCCCAGUUUCUGGAGCGCCCCCCAAAUGCCACCUGGCUAGACCACAAGCACAAGGAGCUGGUGAGUUACUGCACGCUGCUGCAGGAGCACUCGCACCAGUGCUACGUGAAAGGGCUGUUCAAGAGCCUGCAGCAGUCGCAUAGUAUCAGCUCCCAGGACCUUCUCACAGCCAUGGACUACUGCGAGGAGCUGCUGCAGGAGAUCGACAUCACCAACUUCCUGCUGACCCUCUGCAGCCAUGUGCGGGCCUUCCGCGAGAGCCACCGGCACUUCCACAUGCACCCCAGGGCGGCCAGCCUGGAGCAGGAGGAGGAGCCGCUCUUCAGGGAGCGGGGUGUCCUCGUCUCAGAGUCUAGUGCGGAGAUGGAGGACUACAGCGAGCAGGACCACGGAGGUUUCUCGUGCCCCACUGAGGAGCCCAAGAUCAGCGCCAGCUGCUGCCCGGAGUUCCCCCUAUCCCUGCUGGAGAAUGGCCAGCCCUGCCAGGUGCACCCUGACCUGCAUAAAAUCAUCCAGGAAAAGUUCCUGGAAAUCGGGAGUUUGCAUUUUAAGCCAGUGCUGUCGAAUCCUCAUUAUUUCUUCUACUGUCCGCCCUGUGCCAAGAAAGAGGAGGAGGCCUCCCGGGACCAGGCAGACAGGAAGGGCAGCGAGGACAUGGAGGGGUCGGAGGCUGAACUGGCAGUGGAAGAAGGGACCGUGUCUGGCUGCUGCAUUGCCACGGAGAGUGACCCGGAGCUGGAGGUGGAGUAUCGGGAGAAGCUGGAGAACGAGUUCCCGGACUUGGGCUCCCUUUCGGACUCGAACACCGUCAACCAUGAUGACGACUCGUUCAGCGUCCUGGGCGGGGACUCGCUGAACGAGCAGGAGCUCCUGGAGCAGGAGAUGCCGCCGCUCUUCGUGCACCUGACCUGCUCGGUGAAGCUGCGCAGCCAGCACAGCUCCAUGCCCGUGCGGUCGCUGCCCACCUGCCUGGGGGAAGUGCUGAGCUGCCUGGAGAGCUGCCAGGCUAUGGCCAGCAUUGACCUCAGCGACCUCUGUGUGACCCUGGACGUCUUCGUGCUGACCUUGCCGCUGGAGAUAGAAGGUGUAAACGCUGACCUUCACCACAACAGGUACACGUCUGAGAGCAGCAUCUCCUUCACCCGCUCGCCCGGGCAGCCCUCCUCCUUUCGCUCUGACGAGGAGAUCAUGCACAACCUGGACCGGCUGCCGUCUACGGGAGGCGAGAGGCAUCCAGCGCUCUCCAACCUCCCAGGGGUACACAGACAAGCUGUCGAAGCCACCAUGAAUGAGAUCCGCUGGCUUCUGGAUGAUGAGAUGGUGUCUGCGCUGCGCCAUUCGCAGGCGGUCAGCACCUCCAUCCUGGAACGGGUCGCCACCCACGUCUACAGCUCCCAGGGGAGGCCCAGCUGCCACAGCGAGGUGGUGCCGUUGCAGUUCGUCUUCGGGCCCGAGCACUCCUUGGAGAAGUUCAGAGAGGAGUUCCGGAGAAUGACCCUGCCCGGCUACAUGCUCAAUGCCGAGGGCAGCGAUUACCACUACGUGUCCGUCAGCCGUUUGCGCCCCCUGGAGACCCCCGCCAGCGCUGUUCCCAGCCUGCAGCAGCCUGCGCCAGGAGGAAGCACUGGAGCAGCCCAGAGCCACGUUGGACAGGAGGGGAGUAGUGAAGCAGAUGCCGAAAGCCUCCAUCCAAUGCCCUCCCUGCCGCAGGGGGCUGGGAGCCUCUGGGCCUGGCCAGUGGGUGAGAGCCAGUUUGGGCCGGACGUGGGAAACCCACUGGGUGAGAGCGGCCAGACGCAGGACGAGGAGCCAGAGGAGGUGCUGCGGCCAGAGCAAAGUGGAGCGGUGGGACACAGCUCGCUGGAGGAGGCAGCCCGGGAGAUGACCCCCCUGACUCCUCCCCACUCUCGGUUCCUGCCCUUGUCCUCGGAGAAGGGGAGUGGUGAGAAAUCGCCAUCUGCAGCGAGCCAGGCUGACUCCGGGACCCAGGGCAGGGAAGGCACCAGCAAGCAGCGUCCCAGCCGAGUACAGAGCCUAGUGUCAAGCCAGGGCAGCAUGGACUCGGAUCACUUAGGUUACGACGGAGGGAGCAGUGACUCGGAGUGCGAGGAAGCCCUGAUGAGCGACCACGACCCCAAGUGCCCCCUGAUGCCGGAUUUCUGGCUCAUUGUAAAGAUCCAGCAGGACCGGGUGGAGGUGUAUUCUCACACACGCAGCCUGAGUGCAGAGCAGGUGGUGAUGGCUGAGGCCGGGAAGGAGCCGGCCGGGGAGUGUCUGCGUCUCCACCAGACCGUGGUGAGGAAGAUUGGCGAGAUCUGCAGGGUCGUUAACCAGCGCUUGCUGCUGCAGGACCUGCACGACAGCCAUGUCUGCAACACGCUGCUGGUGGCGGAGAGCGAGGAGGACAUCUGGAAGAGCGAGACUCCCUACAACUCCUACCGGCAGCGCGCCCAGCCCACCGAUGAUUACUCCACCGAGGAGAGCUACCAGCCCCGUGACUACCUGGCAGCCACCAUGCAGUUCAUGCCAGGUCACUUCGCCUGCCCCGUGGUGUGGAGCACCCUCAUCCACGUGCACUCCCGUCUCAAGAUGGGGCCCAACAUGGGGGUCUCGCGAGCUAUCCAGGCGCUACGCUCGGUGCUCAAUGCUUUCUGUGUGGUGAACAGGAAGAACAUGUUUGUCUACCAGGAGCGAUCCACCAAGUCAGUCUUCUACCUCCGACUCUCUGAAACCACCCACAGCGGGAAGGCGGGGGAAGGGGAGAGCAUCCAGGGCUGCAUGUGCCGCUCGCUGGCUCUGACGCGCAGUCAGGAGCCCAUUCACAUGGAGGAUCAGACAGGCUCGCGCUCCUCCCUGGACACAGCCUCCUGCCGCAGCGUGGACUCUGCCCGCCCCGUGGGCCAGGUGGACAGACACAUCCAGCUCAUGGUGCAUGGUGUCGCCCCAGCAGGGCCCGAGAUCACAGACGAGCUGGUGAAGGUUCUGCGCAGGCGUCUGGAUGAAGCCACCUUGGACAUCAUCACUGUCAUGCUGGUGCGGAACUGCAAGCUGACCCCGGCCGACGUGGAGUUCAUCCAGCCCCCAGGCUCUCCGCCCACAGAAGUUCUCCAGUUCACUCUGCCCCCAGCCUCUCUGCCCUGGCUCCAUGCUGUGGCCUGUUACCUGCGCCAGAACCUGCUCAUCUUCCUGCACACCCCCAAGUACACCGACAGCAACGUAGAGCACCACUUCAAGCACUACUUCCAGCAGGGUGGCAGUCCCGACCUAGAUCUCUACCUGUACAACAAGCCUGGUGGCCAAGGCACUGGCGGCAAAGGAAUUGCGUGCAUUGCUCUGUCGUUCGUGGAUGAGCGUGGCAGCCCCCUCUCACUGGUGCACUGGGAACGGUCUAGUUCCCUGAAGCUGCCCCCGUCCCCGUCUGGCACAGACCUGCUGCAGGACGCAGACUUCGAGAGCCUCACUGCCGUCAGCAGGCACCAUGCUGAGCCCGGCACCCUCCAACCAGCUGCCUGCACCCUGGUGCGCUUGGACAUCUGGGAGAAAGGGAACAUCAGCCCCCUGCAGCUGUCCGAGAAGCUGCGCAGUGCCGUGCGCCACGCCCUGUGCGAUGCAGUCAUGGAGUUCCGAGUGCUGCCGGCCCCACUCUGCGUGGAGGCCGCCUGCCCGCCGGAGGAGCUAGGCAGUGGCGGAGGCCUCCGGAGGACCAUGUCGGAGACCAAGGGGCUGGCUCUUCCUGCGGGCAGUGCUGGUGCCAGUAGAGUGCCCCCGCCCCCUCUGCACUUCACCUCAGCCCCCGGCUCUAGCUCCGGCGAGCCAGUCACGCCCACAAACAAGAUGGGGCGCCGGAGCUUCUGGGACAUGCUGAGUAAGGCCGACUCCUCGGAGCUGGGCAGCCCCAAAACCACUGACGACAUCGUGCUGGAGCGGCCAGAGGAGAGUCGCACCCGGCGCCGCCACAAGACCGAGAGCGUCAAGCAGCACCUGAGCCAGGAGCGCGCUUCCGCCACGGCCGAGCUGGAGCAGGCCCAGAGGCGCCAAGUCUGCCAGCUCCAGGAAGGGGAAGUGGGCACCAUGCACCCGCUCUUCAGUCAGACCUGCCGGCAGUGGAUGGCGUUCAUGAGUCGGCUGGGGUGUCCUUCGGUGCAGCAGUGCUCGGUGGAGAUCGUCUCCCGCUUCCUGCUCGCCUCCAUCCUGGAGGAGGUGGUGAGCCUGGUCAUGGCCCUGGCAAGCGACACCAUUGUCAAGGUGUUCCAGCAGCACUGCUGCCCUCAGGGCACCACCUUCCUUCCAUACAACCCUCGUCAGAGCUCCAGUCCUCGGCCUGCAGCCAUCAGACAUUUCAUCCUGCUGGGACGCAACUUCCACCAGUGGCGCUCCAGCACUGAGCAGGCCCACAAGGGGCUCCAGCACUUCGAGGCCAUGGAGCUGAGCUUGGCGGAGAAGGGCUCCGACUCCAGCCCCUCGCUGGCCCCGCGGCAGAGAUUCCUUCUCCUGGAGAUCCUCGACAAGAAGCUGAUGCUCUACACCUACAACUGGUCCCCGGACCUGGGCAGCUCCUUGAACAGCUCACUCACCCGCCUGCUGCAGUGGCAGAACGCCCGCUCCCACAUCGUGCAUUGCCUCCUCAGCCAGAAACUGGGGCUCUUCCACCACUACUGCUACCUGGACACACCCUGGCAUGAGGACAGCAAGCAGGAGCCAAACCCCUUCCUGAACUCCACCCUGGAGGUGGAUGCCCUGAUCCGGAGCUCGAGCCCUCCCCCCAGCAAGGAGCAAGGCCGGCUCAGCAGCUCCACGCGCAGCCUGCCGUCCCUGCACUUCCCCCCCGACAUGAUGCCCUUCGACGAGGCUCUGCGAGAUGUCACCGCCCUCAAGGGCGUCCCCCUUGGCCCAGAGCUGGGGCCACGUGACCCGGUGUCUUGGCAUGGUGCCCAGUUCCUGGAAAUCAAGAGCCUGGAGAGGAGAGAGCUGGAGAAGCAGAUGAAGAUUGAGAAUCUCUUUGUGACGUGGCAGCAGAGAUCAGCACAGUCCAACAUGCCCAUCGGUCUGGCAGACCUGGAGACCCUGAAGCAGUCCUCGCGCCUGGUUCACUACUGUGCCACACCACUGCUCUUCGACCCAGCUUUCCGGCAGCAGAUCCAGGCCGACCAGCAGGCGAAGCUGGAGGGGAAGAAGCGCCAUCGCUCGAGCGACUCGACGGCGUCGGGGCGGGACCGGAGCCACAGCUGCGACUCGGCAGAGGUGCUGCCCUGCAAGCUGAAGGAGGAGCCCUGGCUGCAGGAGAUGUGCAACGCCUUCCUGCAGCAGUACAUCCAGUACCUGCAGAGCAUGGGUUUCAUCCUGGUGCAGGUGCGGCCCCCCUCGCCCGCCCGCAGUAGCACGAGCCGGAUCCGAGCUCUGGCAUUCCUGGGCACUGAGGGAAGAGGCUCCUUCUCCUACAAGCCCAAAGCAGACGGGAGUCCGAAGAGCACAAGCCCCCCAGUCACCACCUACCACCUGCAGAGAGCCCUCCCGGGCGGCAUUGUGCUCAUGGAGCUGGGCUUCCAGGGCUGUUACUUCUGCGUGAAGCAGUAUGCGCUGGAGUGCUCGCGGAUCCCCAUGGGCCAGUCCGUCAACUCGCAGGGUGCUCUCACGGCCAGAGCUCGUAGCAAGAGCUGCAUGGGACCCAGCUCCAUCUCUGAGUCUGCGCUCUCCAUGCUCUUCACGGAGGAGUGUGACAAGGUGCGGGACCUCAUGCACGUGCACUCGUUCAGCUACGACUUCCACCUGCGCAUCGUGCACCAGUACCUGCUGGGCUCCCACAUGACCCUGCGCCAGGGCUACCACCUCACCAGCUUCCUGGAGGACUUCAUCGCCCACCACCCCGACAUCCCCAAGUUCGGCCGCAACCACGUCUUCCAAGGCACGCUGGCCAUGCCCACCAACAUGAUAACAGCCCACCAGCUCUACAACUACGUGGCAGACCAUGCCAACACCUACCACAUGAAGCCCCUGCGCAUGGCCCGGCUGGCUGCGGGCAGCGACGGCAGGAAGGGGACCCCGGGCAUGGAGCAGAACGAAUAUGCGCUGGUCUCCAUCUGGAACAGCUCAGGCUCCUACAAGGACUCAGAGGGGAUGCGGCACCAUGAUGACUUCGACGUGUCCCUGCUGGUGUGUCACAGCGCGGCGCCGUUCGAGGAGCAGAGCGAGGCGGAGAGGCAUGUGCUCCGGCUGCGUUUCUACGUCAUCAUGACGAGCCAACGGGAGCUGUUUCCCCGGCUGACAGCCGACAUGCGGCGCUUCAAGAAGCAGCCACGCUUACAGCGGGAGAGCGCACUGGAGCCAGUGGUGGGCCGGGCGGCAUGGGAGGCGCCGGAGCCGGGUCAGGGCUGGCAGCAGCAGGCGGAGCGGGAGCUGUGGCAGGAGGGAGAGGACAGCAGCGAAUUCUACGCGGGCGGUGCCCAGGUCAAGCUGGGCCCUGGGCUGUUCUACACCUCGCCGCUCUUCCCCCUGCUGGCCUCCGAGGUGGCCGUGGCCCAGAAACAGCUGAGCAGCAUGGUGCACCUGGCCAAGUGCCACUGCCGCAGGGACAACCUCUGGAAACGCCUCUUCCUGCUGGAGCCGCUGGCCUCGGACAAACUCAAGCUGGGCAAGCUGUCGCUGGGGGAGCUGGAGGAGCUGCUGAAUGCAGUGCACGGGAAAUCCAUCGCUGACAUCGACCCCCAGCUGGGCUGCUUCCUCACCAUGACUGUGCCCUGGUACCAGAGCCUCAUCAAAGUGCUGCUGAGCCGCUUCCCGCAGAGCUGCCGCCACUUCCACAACGUCGAAACUGGCACCCAGUAUCUGGUCGUGCUCAAUCAGAAGUUCACAGACUGUUUUGUUCUUGUGUUUCUGGAUUCCCACUCAGGGAAGACGAGCCUGACGGUGGUUUUCCGGGAGCCGUUCCCCGUGCAGCCCCAGAACAGCGAGAGCCCCCUGCCGCAGCUAGUGUCCACCUACCAUCACCUGGAAUCUGUCAUCAACACGGCCUGCUUCAACCUCUGGACGGGGCUGCUCUAGCCAGGCGCCAGCACCUUCCAGCCAGACACACCGCGCCGCACCAUGUCUGCACCCAGGAGCUGACCUCCAGCAGGAUCCCCCCAGCGCUGCUGGCAGCACGGGGGUCACGUGAUGCACGAGUAAUGGACAGAGUGGAGGGUGCAUGGGGCUUGGCGGCUCCCCUGGACCUCCAGCUAGCCCAGACUCCCCAGAAGGGGUGAGCCGGGGGGGGGUGUGUCCCCCCUUCUCGGGUAGGGAGCUGCUAAGGACACUCACGUGUAUUUGACACUGAAUGGAUUUGAAACGGAGACCCAAGGAGGGUCCCGGCGGCCCUGGCACCAGGAACUUGGCGCACCUGCCACAGCUAAACAGCUGCCAUCUCUGGGCCCAGAAACCUGGCACCCAUGUAUGCCCAGCCUUGGGCGUGGCGACGGAGCUGCCUGGCAUGCUGGGCCGGAGCCAGGCCCAGUCCUGAGGGCACCGAGCGUGGCUGCUGCGGGCCGUCACUUCGAGGGUGGAAGCAGGGUGGGAUUUCAGUGGUGGGCCAGCCGCGGGGCG